UUCUUUAGUCAUUGCUUUAGGGAUUGACCAAGCAACCUCUAGGAUAGCACGAACGACUCGACGGCGUGCCUGUGUGACGGGACGGCCACUGUGGUGUACACGCGAAUUUCGAAAAAAAGUGUACAGUGAAGUGGUAGUGCUUUUUCUUCCCUCUGCAGAAGGCCGAGUUAACGUCGAUGAUACCGAGUUGAAAACGCUUAAAUCAUGGGGGUGGCAGAAGAUUUUGCUCCCAGUUUUACACAAAAGCCUCAGCUUCGACAAGAAGACGAUGGCAAUAAACUUAUAUUUGAAUGUCAACUGUUAUCAUCACCAAAGCCUGAUAUCCAAUGGUUUCGAAGCGACGAGCUGCUUACAGAGGACUCUCGGACAGUGUUCAGGAUACAAUCUGUGGGCAGCAACAAAUUCUUGGUGGUACUGGAACUAGACGAUGUUAUCGAAACAGACGCGGGCCUUUACAAGGUCAAAGCCAAAAACAAGAUGGGUGAAGUGGCGGCGUCAAUUAAUUUGAAUUUUAGCCCUAUGGACGAACCGCGUGAAAAACAAAUAGAUGGUCUUGCCCCAACUUUUGCAAAAAAACCAUCCAUUCGACAAGAGGAAGAUGGGAAGAGGUUGUUGUUUGAAUGUCGCAUUCAGGCAGAUCCCCGACCCGUCGUGACCUGGUUUCAUAAUACUAAUCUCGUUGCCGAAUCACCACGUCAUAAGUUGAAAAUAGAUAAAGAUGGACAUUCGUACUUUGCAACGCUUGAAAUUAAAAACGUUACCGUUGAGGAUGCCGGAAAAUACAAAGUCACUGCAAAGAACGAAUUAGGAGAGAGUAAUGCAACCAUCAGUCUUAAUUUUGACAGCGAUGAAGCACCAGUACCCGAAACAGGCUACAAACCAACUUUCACGGAGCGUCCCGUCAUCCGACAAACCGAAGACGGCGGCAAGAUCACGUUCGAAUGCCGUUGUGUGGGUGACCCGAAGCCAGAACUCUCCUGGUUCCAUGGAACGAAGGAAAUUACCGAAGGAGGGCGUUUUGCGACAUCGAUGGACAUCGAUGAGAUACUCUAUUUUUUAGCACGCUUAGAUAUUAAUGAGGUUAAUGUUUCUGAUAAGGGAGAUUACCGAGCUGUUGUUAAAAACAAAUACGGCACAGAAACGGCCACCAUAAAUCUUAACUUCGAAGGCACUGGGAAGCCUAAAAUUCCUGAGGGAAAAGCACCACGUUUCCCGAAGAAACCCACAAUUCACCAGAAAGGCGAUACUCUCAUAAUGCAGUGUAUGCUGGAAGCAUAUCCUGCACCAGACAUUACCUGGUUUCAAGGGAAUAAGGUCAUUACAGAUAACAAGCGAGUACGUAUGUCACGGAAAGCUACGGCAAAAGACACGUACUUGCUCACAUUAGAAAUUUCUCAACCUUCCUUAGACGAUGGUGGGAAUUAUCAAUGUAAUGCGUUCAAUAUUUAUGGUGAAAGUAAUGCGAAUAUAUCGCUUAACUUCCAAGGUGGUGACAAUGCCGCUGGUUUUGCACCAUCAUUCAUCGAAAAACCUAAAAUCAUACCGAACGAAAGUGGAACCCUAAUUACAAUGAAAUGUAAAUGUAAGGCAAAACCCAAACCCCAGGUCACAUGGUUUCGAGGAACAUCGAUCGUCACAGAAUCUUCGAAAAUCACCAUCACCAUCGUCGACGUGUCGGAAGACAUCUACGAAUUAAGCCUAGAGAUUAAGGACCCUGCAGCUCCAGACGGUGGCACAUACAGGUGCCAUGUUAAAAAUGAAUACGGAGAAAGUAACGCUAAUCUCAACUUAAACAUUGAAGCCGAACCGGAACCGGAAGGUGAAGGUCCCACAUUUGUAGAAAAACCACGAAUAACCUCACACCAGUCUGGAAAACUUGUCAUAAUGGAUUGCAAGGUCCGCGCAGAUCCCAGCCCCACGAUUACCUGGUAUCGGGAAGGGAAAGUCGUUACUGAAUCAAGUAAAAUCAAAAUCAGCGUCGAGAAACUCGAAGAGGAAAUAUAUUACAUCAAAUUAGAGCUGAAAGAUCCAGAUCUGGAAGACUCGGGCCUUUACAAGUGCAACAUUAAGAACACUCUGGGAGAGCUCAACGCAAAUCUCACCCUAAACAUUGAAAUUAUCCCAGUCAUCAAAGAAAAACCAAAAGUCAUUAAAAUUGUCAAGAAACGCACCGUUAUCGUGGAAUGUAAAGUACAAAGUAAAUUUAAACCCCAAUGUACAUGGUACAAAGAAGAUAACGUCGUUCAGGAAGACACCAGGCGUACAGUUCAUAUUGAACAGGUCAAAGAUGGCGAAUUUAAUGUCAAACUGGAAAUAAACGAAGUUGUCAAAGAAGACAAGGGUUUAUAUAAAUUGAUGGCUCGAAAUGAAAAGGGAGAAGCUACCUCACAAAGUGUCGAAGUAACAGAAUUUCCCCCCGAAGAAAAACCUAAAGGAGAGAAACCCAAAAUAACAAAACUUACUAACAUUACGACCGAAGAAGGAAAGACGGUAGACUUCAUAUCUAGUCUUAAAAUUAUUGAUAAAACUGUAACGGUGGUGUGGUAUAAGAAUUCUACCGUCAUCAAGGAAUCCGCGGAUACGAAAAUGGUAUUCGACGGAUCCAGCGCACGUCUCAGUAUCAGUCGGUGCAAAUUAUCACACUCAGCAACCUACAAAGUCGUCAUGAAGAACGAAUUUGGCGAAGACGAAUCCAGCGCAACACUUACUGUUAAAGAAAAGCAAAAGGAAGAGGAGGAAGAGAAAAAGAAAGAUGAAAAGAAGGAAGAAAAGAAAGAGGAAAAAAAGGAAGAAAAGAAGGUAGAGAAGAAGGAGGAAAAGAAGGAAGAAAAGAAAGAGGAAAAGAAGGUAGAGAAGAAGGAAGAAAAGAAAGCAGAGAAGAAGGAGGAAAAGAAAGAAGUGACCGUAGAGAAGAAAAAGCAAGAGGUGGAAAAGAAGGAACCACCAAAAGAAGAAAAGAAGGAAGAACCAAAGGUUAAAGUGGAAAAGAAAAUUGAAAUCAAAGAAGAGAAAAAAGAAGUUUUCGUAGAGGAUGACGCUAAAAAAAUGAACGAUGUUGACAAAAAGAAACCCGCAGUCAAAACUCCGGAAAAAGAAAAGGAUGUCCUGUCCAAACCUGCCGAUCAAAAAGUUGAAAGGAAGAGUUCAAUUCAAAAGGUUGAAGAAAAAUCAGAGUCUCGCAGGAGUUCCGUGAUUAAGGUGCAGGAAACGGUAGCGCAAGAUGGUGAUAAUAAAACAACACGACGAUCAUCAUUCCAGAAGCAACAAGAAGAGACCAAAACAGAGACGAAGAAAAGUUACGCAAAUGAGGAAGUUGAAAAGAAAAAAGAUGUCACACCAACCAAACCUGCCAAAGACGUGCAACAAACAACAAAUAACAUAGACCAGAUUACACAAAAGAAGCCGGUGGAUCAAGAAAAGCCUAAACAGAAUGAGAUUAAGCCCAAAGAUACUACAAAAGUAACCGAGACAAAAAAAGUAGAGCAAUUGGAUACCACAAAAUCGAUAUUAAAGAAAGAAGAACCAAAAGAACCUCCGCUGGACACAAAAGCAACUAAACUAGAGUCCAAAAAGGUGACAGAAGCGCCCAAACCCCAACCAGAGAGCAAAAAAGUGGAAGAAACGAAGCCCGUAGAUGUGGCACCUCCCAAAUCCAAGCUGGGAAUUAAGAAAGAGGAAACGAAAGUAGUAGAUGAAGCGUCUCCGAAGCCCAAACUUGAAACUAAAAAAGAGGAAACGAAGCCCGUAGAUGUGACACCUCCCAAAGCCAAGUCAGAAAUAAAAAAAGAGGAAACGAAAGUGGUGGAUGAAGCGUCUCUGAAGCCCAAACUGGAAAGUAAAAAAGAGGAAAUCAAGCCAGCAGAAGUAGCACCAUCCAAACCCAAACCCGAAAGCAAAACAGAGGAACAGAAGACUGUAAGUGAACCUACUCCGAAGUCUAAACUGGAAAGCAAAAAAGAAGAAGUCAAACCAGUAGAGGCAGUGCCUGUGAAACCGAAACCAGGAUCUGAUGUAAAACCGACCGAAGCAAAAAAAAUCGAACAAAAGAAGGACGAUCUGCUAGUAAAACCAAAGGCGUCAGAAUUAAAGAAGGAACUAAAGCCGGUUGAGAAUAUGGUGGAGAAAAAAUCGGCUUUGAAGGCACCCGAAAUUGUCGUUCCUGACAAAAGCAUGUUAAAGAAAACUGUUCCGGACCAGGAUAGCGCCAAAGACAAGCUGACCGCAACAAAGUUAAAGAACACGCCCUCUCAACCAAAAGCGGCUUCCUUCAUUGGUAUACAAUUAAAGCCUGUUGUACGAGAGGCAAAAAAUGUACAGAAGGUUAAUUUAGAAGAAGUUGAAUUAAAGAAAGUACCCGAAAAACGAGGUACGAUGGACGUUACACAAAGGGGUGUAGAAAAGCAACAAGCGUCGUACGAAGAUUGGGAAAACAUCCCCGAUUAUGAAAGGGCAGUUCUAGAAACGUACGAGCGUUCAGACUUUAAUCCAUCAGAUCCUCGUGAAAAAACUAAACUUACUAAGGACAAGCCGUCUGUACCCGAAGUAAAGAAAGUAACCGACACUAAAACCCAGGUUGCUCAAAAAGCCGAUGUGCCCGAAAUUAAAAAACCCAUCGAAACUCCGAAGAUUGUGGAAGCGCCUAUAAUAGAGAUAAGCAAGGAAAAAAGUCCUCAACCUGAGCCUCGUAAGACUUCAUUAGCGGCAUCAUCGCCUCAUGGCCGGCGUGGAUCGUUGAUCCCUCCAGAGGAAUCAGGACGUAGGACCAGCAUUAUUAUCGCAGAUGAGCUAAAAGGCCUGCGACCAGGAGAAUUGCAGCAUAGCUCAGAUAAACAGAGGCGUAAAAGUUCUGACGUUAGACGACCAAGUAUGUCCGAAAUGGAGGAAAAACCUUCGACCCCCUUGAGGCUCGUAGGAGAUGGAGGGCCUCCAGUUAUUGUCGAUUUUAUGGAAAGUAUUUCAUCCGUUGAAGGUGAAUCUGCUUACAUCACUGUGGAAGUUGAAGGUAAUCCGGUUCCCACGUUCAAGUUUUACAAGGGAGUUACUGAAAUCAUCGAGGGAGGAAGAUUUAAGUUUCUUACAGAUGGCGAAACGAACACGAUCACCCUUAUUAUACGAAAAAGUAAGGCCAAUGAUGAAGGGCCUUAUAGGAUCGUCGUUUCUAAUGUACAUGGCUCCGACUCUGCCGAAAUGAAUCUAUACGUAUCAGAUUCAAGCGGCAUGGACUUCCGCGCUUUACUAAAAAAGAGAAAAUACGCCAAGUGGGCCCAAGAUAAAGAGGAUCCAGAUUGGGGAGACCUGAAAGAAGUCGAAAAACCGAUGCCGCAACUAAAGAAAGUUGAAAAGACACCAGUUUCUUCACGAAGGCCAUCCUUGGCUGAAUUAAUUCCCGACUGGCCAGUAUUACACCAUUUUGAGAGAAAGGAGAAACAAGAAGCAUUCUUGCGACCGCUGGUUGACCAAUUCGCAAAAGAAGGAAAAGACAAAAAGGUGACAUUUGAGGCCGGAUUUUCCAAAGGAAAUUGCAAGCCGAAAUGGUGCUUUAGAAAAGACGAGCUUUUCCCUGGAUCCAAGUACAAAUUUACAUGCGAAAAAGACAUAUAUCAACUUGUCAUCUGGAAUCCUAAAGUUGAAGAUACCGGGAAAUAUACAAUUGAAAUAGGUGGCGUCAGUUCAACAGGUUUUCUUACAGUCGAAGAGGCGGAUCCAUGCUACACAUUUAUAAAACAACUAAAGAAAUCGUAUUCUGGAUACACCAAACACGAAGUACUUUUAGAAUGUCAGGUUAGCUCAAGUAUGGCCGCUGUGUCUUGGUUUAAAGGUAAUCAAAAGAUUAUCGAUGGAGGUCGACAUGAUAUUACAAAAGAUUUGACUGGAAUGUGUAAAUUGAAUAUAAAAGAUUGUGUACUCGAAGACGCUGGAGAGUAUAUGUGCAAAAUUGAAAAGCAAUCAGACAAAACCGUUACGGCUGUCAAAAUCAUAGAAUACCCGUACAAGUUUGUUAAAGUUUUAAAACAUCAGCAACAAGUUGAAAAGGACAAUAUAACGAUGCUCUGUGAGCUCGACGACGCAGGAGGUGAUGUUAAAUGGUACAAGGGAGAUGAAGAAAUUAAACCCGAUAAAAGAGUUGUUAUUUCAAAGGAUGGACGUAAACGUAAACUCGUUAUUAAGGACGCGAAGGUUACAGAUGCGGGAAUGUACAAAUGCGUCAGUAAUGCGGACAAAACUGAGGCAGAGUUGAUAGUUAACUAUCUGAAUCGAUUCAACAAGAAAUUGAAAGAUACUGAAGCUGUUGAACGCGAAAAACUCGUCUUAGAUAUUGAACUUCAAGACCAAACGGCACCCGCAGAUUGGAAAUUCAAUGGCAAACCCAUAGAACCAUCUGAUCGAGUUGAAAUAAAAAAUUUAGGAGGCGGUAAACAUCAAUUGGUGUUUAAUAAACUGGAAAUGGGCGAUAACGGCGAAAUCAGCUGCGAAUCAGGAAAACUUCAGUCGUCCAUGAUGUUAACCGUUAAGAAAGGAGAAACUGUACCUGUCAUUGAUUGUGCCGGUGCCUUUGAAGGCCCCAUAGAUAAGCCAUUUGCCAUUGAAGUUCCAUUUAAAAUCGAUGGUACUAGACAAACUCCGGUAGAAGCAAAAUUGAUCAAAGACGGAAAACCGUUACCUCUUAAAGACGUAGAUGUAGUUGUAAGUGAUGAUAAAGUCGUAUUUAAAGUUAAAAAACCAACUCGAGAUCAAUCUGGACCUUAUCAAAUUAAAAUUGGAAAUGGACAAGGCGAAGACGUCAAAGACGUCACGGUCACAAUGCAAGAUGUUCCUUCUCCACCUCAAGAUGUUAAUGUUACUGAUGUAUUCCAAACCAACUGUCAAGUCUCAUGGAAACCACCAAAAGACGAUGGCGGUGCUCCAUUACUUCAUUACUUGGUGGAAAGGCAGGACCUUAGUUUAAAAUCUGGCUGGGAUAACGUAGGUAAAGUCUCCGCUAAAGAACCUACAAACUUCAAGGUAGAGGGCUUAAUUCCUAAGAAACAAUACAAGUUUCGUAUCCGCGCCGUAAAUAAACUAGGACCAAGUGAAGCUGCUAUGUUUGCUAACCCAGUAUUAGCAAAGGAUCCUUGGGAUGAACCUAGUAAACCUAAAGACGUGGAAUUAACCGAUUGGGAUGUAGAUCACGCUGAUCUAAAGUGGAACAAACCAGAUUCCGACGGAGGUGCCCCAAUUACUAGCUACGUCGUAGAGUACAAAGAGAAAUUCGGCAAAGACUGGGCGAAAGGAAUCGAGGUCCCUGCCGAUAAAUUAUCGGCCACGUGUCCCGGUUUGAAGGAAAAUAGCCAGUACGAAUUCCGCGUUCGUGCAGUUAACAAAGCCGGUCCGGGCGAGCCCAGCGACCCAACUAAACCGAUUAUCGCAAAAUGCAGAUUUGUCAAACCGUUUAUUAUUGGUGACGAUCUAAUCAAUUUGAUAGUAAAGAAAGGACAGAUUAUUAAGUACGAUAUUCGAUUUGGAGGUGAACCAGAACCUGAAGUUACUUGGACAAGAGACAAAACUGUGUUGAAGCAAGAUGCAGAGGAAAGAAUUACCAUAGAAAAUCGAGAAAAGAACACUGUACUUACAACCCGUAAAGCUGUACGUGGGGAUAGUGGAAAGUACACCCUUACCUUAACAAAUAGUUCAGGCACUUGCGAAAGGUCAGCAGAUGUCAUUGUUCUUGACAAGCCAACACCGCCUAAAGGUCCGCUUGUGGUGGAAGAGGUACGUUCUGAUCACGUCAAGGUGAAAUGGAAGAAACCGGAGGAUACUGGCGGUACCGACCUGACCGGUUACGUACUAGAAAAAAUGGACAUGGAUACCGGAAGGUGGAUACCCGCCGGUGAAGUGGGAGCUGACGAGGAUAGUUUUACGUUCAAAGGAUUAACUCCAAAUAAAAAGUACAAGUUUAGAGUCAAAGCUAAGAAUAAGGAGGGCGAAUCAGAGCCUCUGGAAACAGAUGAUUCGAUACUCGCCAAAAAUCCCUACGACGAGCCACAGAAACCUGGUAAACCAGAAAUUAUAGAUUACGAUAACAAGAGCGUUACGCUAAAGUGGGAAAAACCGCUUAGUGAUGGUGGUCGACCAAUUACUCACUACACCAUUGAAAUUAAGGACAAAUUCUCUCCCGAUUGGACGGAGGUCGCUAAAACGGAAGACAGCGUGCCGGAAGCCAAAAUCGAAGGGCUAAAGGAGAAGAACGUAUACCAGUUUCGUGUCCGCGCCCACAACAAAGCGGGCAAAAGUGAACCUUCCGAACCAACAGACAGCCAUCUUUGCAAAUAUAAGAACCUGAAACCCAGGAUUGAUCGUGAAACAUUUAAAGCUGUUACCAUUAAAGCGGGACGUACGCACAAAUGGUCCGUUGAUAUUACAGGAGAACCUCCACCAACUGUUAAAUGGGUUUGGAGAGACAACGUACCUCUUAGCAAUAGCGAACGUAUUAAGAUAGAUAAUGUGGAUUAUCACACAGAUUUCACUUUGACUAAUUGCGAGCGUAAGGAUACGGGAAAGUAUACCAUUAUCGCGGAAAAUGCUUCGGGGAAAGACGUGGAAACUGUAGAGCUCACAGUGUUGUCGAAACCGAGCCCGCCGAAGGGCCCGUUAGAAGUAUCGGAUGUUUCCAAUACAAAGUGCAAGUUGUCGUGGAAAAAGCCAGAGGAUGAUGGCGGAAGUCCAGUCAAAGAGUACGAAAUUGAAAAAAUGGAUGUCGCUUCCGGUAAAUGGAUACGGGUUGGUCGUGUACCUGCAAGUGAUAAAGACGAGCCAUCUUUCGAGGUAACUGGACUCAUACCAGGUACCGAGUACAAAUUUCGCGUAUCCGCGUGUAACAAUGAGGGUGAUUCCGACCCUCUCGUAACGGAAACGGGAACAAUCGCCAAGAAUCCGUAUGAUGAGCCAUUGAAGCCCGGAACGCCGGAAAUAACUGAUUAUGACAAUACCGGCGUUAACCUUAAAUGGGAGAAGCCGGCUAGCGACGGAGGAGCUCCAAUUGAAAAAUACAUUAUCGAGAAAAAGGACAGAUUUAGGCCCGACUGGGAAAAGGCAACUGAAGUGCCUGGAAAUCAACUGGACGCCCGUAUCGACGAUCUUAAGGAAAACGCGGAAUAUCAAUUUAGAGUUAUUGCGGUGAACAAAGCUGGACCAUCUCCACCAUCGGACGCAUCUAAAAUGCAGAUCAUCAAACACAGAGCUUUAAAACCGAGGAUUGAUCGAACCAACUUGAAACCAAUUACCGUACACGCUGGAAAGCCGAUAAAGUAUGAUGUUAACAUAAAAGGUGAACCUGCCCCGGUGGUUACGUGGUUCCAUAAGAACAACGAAAUAAGAACCAAGGAUAACAUUGAAAUCAUUAACGUGGAUUAUAAUACCAAACUAAAUAUAUCGAAUUCGCUUAGAAAAAAUACCGGAGUUUAUAAAAUUAAAGCUGUAAAUGAGUUCGGUGAAGAUGAAGCAGAGGUGGAAGUAACUGUACUAUCCGUACCGGGUAAACCGAAAGGACCGCUUAAAGUCGAGGAUGUAACGAAGAAUGGUUGCAAAUUAAAAUGGGAAAAACCAGAAGACGAUGGCGGAAAACCAGUAACUGGAUAUGCCGUUGAAAAGCUGGAUAAAGCUACAGGACGUUGGGUGCCUGUUGGUAAAACAGCGGAUACCGAAAUGGACGUCAAGGGUUUGCAAGAGGGUCACGAGUAUCAGUUUAGAGUAAAAGCAAUCAACGAUGAAGGCGAAUCUGAACCUUUAGAGACAGAAAGCUCAAUCAUUGCCAAGAACCCAUAUGAUAUACCUGGCAAACCGGGAACGCCAGAAAUUGUAGAUUAUGAUGUAGACCGUGUCGAAUUGCAAUGGGAAGCUCCAAAGCAAACCGGAGGCGCUCCAAUUACUGGUUACGUGAUUGAAAAGAAGGAAAAGUUUUCUCCAUCUUGGGACGAAAUUCUUACUACAGAUACACCAAGCACAUCAGCAAUGGUGCCUGGGCUCAAAGAAGGAAACACAUACCAGUUCCGAGUGAAAGCCGUAAACAAGGCGGGACCUGGCCAACCAUCCGACGCUACCAACGCGCACGUCGCCAAAUACAAACACUUACGUCCUCUGAUCAAUCGUGACAAACUGCACACAGUCAAAGUGCGCGCUGGUCAAAUAGUUAAGUUUGACGUAGACGUGAAGGGUGAACCACCACCGAAGAUAACCUGGAGUUUUGCACAUAAACCUUUAGAAGAAGGUCCUAACACAAAAAUAGAGAACGAAGAUUAUAACACAAAGUUAACCCUUACAAACACAAAACGAAGUAACACCGGCACGUAUACGAUUAGAGCGGAAAACGAGUCAGGUUUCGACGAAGCUCCGGUCGAGGUAAUCAUUUUAGAUAAACCGGGUAAACCUGAAGGUCCAUUGGAAGUGUCCGAUGUGCAUAAAGAAGGCUGCAAAAUUAAGUGGAAUAAGCCAAAAGACGACGGAGGCUUGCCUAUUACCGGGUAUGCCGUUGAAAAGCAAGAUACCACAACGGGAAGAUGGGUUCCGGCCGGUUUUGUAGAUCCUGACAAAACAGACCUCGAUGUUACCGGAUUAGAUCCAAAUAAAAAGUACAACUUCCGAGUUAAAGCUAUUAACGAAGAGGGAGAAUCAGAACCUUUGGAGACAGACAUGUCGAUAUUAGCUAAAAAUCCAUACGACGUUUCAGCACCACCGGGCUUGCCAGAAAUAACUGAUUGGAACGAAAAUUCCGUGAAAUUAAAGUGGGAACCACCGAUUCGCGAUGGCGGUGCUCCAAUUACGGGGUACAUUGUCGAAGUCAUGGAUAAAUUCGGAGGUCAAUUUGUGAAAGCUGUCGAAGUAGGUCCUCAGUGCAAUGCAACCGUUCCAAAGUUGGAAGAGGGCAAUCAGUACAAAUUCAGGGUACGGGCCGUUAACAAGGCCGGUCCAUCUGAACCUUCCGAACAAACAAAUUGGCAUACCGCUAAAGCACGUUUCUUGAAACCUCUGAUUGACCGAACGAAUCUAAAGCCUCUCACUGUCAAAUCUGGAUUGGUAAUAAACUUAGACAUAAAUGUCAGGGGUGAACCUCCGCCAGAAGUAAAGUGGUUCUAUGACGGAAAAGAAAUUACAAAGGAAAAUGAAAUUCGCAUCGAUAACUCCGAUUACAAGACAAAAUUCUUUAUUCCCAAAGCCAAACGGGCGCAAAGUGGAAAGUACACAAUCACUGCCAAGAACGAAGUUGGCGAAGAUACGGCCGAGCUUGAACUUAACAUACUUUGCAAACCGUCCACACCCAAAGGACCGCUUGAAGUCUCAGAUGUACAUAAACAUGGCUGUAAACUGAAAUGGAAGAAACCAGAGGAUGACGGCGGUUCUCCAAUUGACUACUAUGAAGUAGAGAAAUUAGAUCCCUUGACUGGCCAAUGGAUUCCAUGCGCUAGAAGCGCGGAACCAGAAGCUACAGUAACUGGCUUACAAGAAGGCAAACCAUAUAAAUUUAGAGUGAAAGCUGUUAACAAGGAGGGCGAAUCCGAACCUCUUGAAACAGAGAAAUCCAUUAUCGCGAAAAAUCCAUUUGAUGAGCCUGGAAAACCAGGGCGACCCGAACCUACCGAUUGGGACAAAGAUUUCGUGGAACUAGCGUGGACUCCCCCGAAAAGUGACGGUGGUGCACCUAUCGAGAAAUAUAUUAUUCAAAUGCACGACAAAGCAGGUCGUGGCUGGGUGGACGCUGCCACAGUACCUGGAGACAAAACCAAAGGAAGGGUGGAAAACGUGGAUGAAGGCCACGAAUACGAAUUCCGUGUAAUUGCGGUCAACAAAGCCGGUCCCGGUGAACCGAGCGACGCAUCAAAAACUGUUAUUGCCAAACCACGAAAACUUGCACCCCGCAUUGACCGCAAAAAUUUGGCGAAAAAAGAGAUUCGCGCUGGGCAACUGUUGCGCAUCGAAGCAGAUGUUUCAGGAGAACCUGCACCGACAAUCACUUGGACUUUGAAGGAACAAAACCUUAGAAACACAGAUCGACUUAAAAUAGAAAAUGAAGAACAUAAAACGACAUUUAUUUUACAAAAAUCAAAACGGGAGGAUACAGGUGUUUAUACUGUCACCGCGCGCAAUGAACAUGGCGUGGAUACCGUAGACGUCGAAAUAGUGGUGAAGACAAAACCGUCUAAACCCAAAGGUCCUCUCGAUGUAUCUGAUGUUACAGCUGAAGGUUGCAAACUUAAGUGGAACGCCCCAGAAGACGAUGGAGGGGAACCAAUUACCGGUUAUCUUGUAGAAAGGAUGGAUGUAGAUACCGGACGAUGGGUACCAGUUACCACAACGAAAUCUCCCGAAGCAGACGUGACGGGACUAAUAGAAGGCAAAGAUUACCAGUUCAGAGUCAAGGCUGUAAAUGCGGAAGGUGAAUCGGAACCUUUGGUUACUACAACGCCAACAACCGCCAAAAAUCCUUACAAAGAGCCUGAUUCUCCAGGCAAACCAGAAGUGAAGGACUGGAGCAAGAAUCACGCUGACCUCAAGUGGAGCGCACCAAAAGACGACGGUGGUGCGCCUAUCACUGCUUACAUAAUUGAAAAGAAGGAUCCCAGUGGGACGAAGUGGAUCAAAGCUUUGGAAGUCCCUGGUGAUAAGACAGAAGCAAAGGUGCCCGAUUUGAUCGAAGAUCAAAAAUAUCAGUUCAGAGUUAAAGCUGUAAAUAAAGGAGGGCUAAGUAAACCCUCCCAGCCAUCCGAAACGAUCACUGCCAAGGAUAGAUUUGUUCCUCCAAAGAUCGAUCGCACCACACUCAAAGAUUUAACACUAAAAGCGGGUCAGCACAUACGCUUAGACGUAAAGGUUAGCGGAGAACCUCCACCGACCAAAACGUGGUUCCUAAACAAAGAACGGAUUGAAAACCGCAACGAUAUUACUGUGGAAAGUGAGGAUUACAAAACUAAGUUGGUUGUUGGUAUCGCUCAACGCAAACACACCGGUAUCUUAACGCUAAAAGCGGAAAAUAGCUGUGGUAAAGACGAAGCUAGUAUCGAAAUUAAAAUUUUGGACAAGCCUGGAAAACCAGAGGGCCCGUUGAAAAUUAGUGACGUGCACAAAGAAGGCUGCAGUCUUAGAUGGAAUCCACCCGAAGAUGACGGAGGUGUGCCAAUUGAAGGUUAUCUUGUCGAGAAGAUGGAUACGGACACUGGACGUUGGGUUCCUGCAGGGCGAUCUAAAGAACCCAAAAUAGAUCUUGACAAUUUGGAACCGGGAAAAGAGUAUAAAUUUAGAGUAUCCGCUGUUAACCCUGAAGGCGUUUCCGAGCCAUUAGAAGCCGAGCAAACCAUCGUUGCAAAGAAUCCAUUUGAUGAACCAGGUGCUCCUGGUACACCUGAAGUUACGGACUGGGACAAAGAUCAUGUUGACUUAAGAUGGACCCCACCAACUAAAGAUGGUGGGUCUCCAAUCACAGGAUAUGUAAUAGAAAAGAGAGAAAAGGGUUCACCGAAAUGGGUUAAAGCCGGUGAAGUGGGACCGCACGAUACAAAGGGAACUGUAGAUAAUUUGGACGAGGGAGUGGAGUAUGAAUUUAGAGUAAAGGCUGUCAAUGCCGCGGGUCCAGGGGAACCAAGUGACGCUUCCAAGUCCGUUAUCACCAAACCGCGCAAAUUGCCCCCAAGGAUCGAUCGUCGAAAUUUGAAAGAUUUAACUGUCAAAGAAGGCGAACCAAUUUACAUUGACGUUAAAAUUAUCGGAGAACCUCCGCCAGAUGUUACGUGGUAUCAUGAUAACAAAACCAUAUUAUCUACAAGUCACAUGCGAAUUGAGGACAUCCCCUAUAACUCCAAGUUCUUUAACGACAAACCCGAAAGAAAGGACACUGGAGUUUACAAAAUUCAAGCUGUUAAUAAGUAUGGAUCCGAUACAGCAGAAAUAGAAAUUACAGUGAUUUCCAAACCAGGAAAACCAGAAGGUCCAUUGGAAGUCUCUGAUAUAACAAAGGAUGGUUGCACGCUAAAAUGGAAGAAACCAAAGGAUGACGGAGGAGAACCGAUUGAAGGAUAUGUGGUCGAGAAGUUUGAUCCUGAAACUGGUAUUUGGUUACCAGUUACCAAAACCACUGGGUCAGUACCCGAAGCCAAAGUGGACGGUUUAAUUCCUGGUCACGAGUACAAAUUUAGGGUUAAAGCACUGAACAAAGAAGGUGAAUCUGAACCUUUAGAAACUCUAGGAACGAUCGUCGCCAAAGAUCCAUUCACAACUCCAAGCAAACCGGGCGCUCCAGAACCAGAAAAUUGGUCAGAAAAUCACAUAGAACUUAAAUGGGCCGAGCCUCCAUCAGAUGGAGGUUCUCCUAUAACGGGAUAUAUCAUCGAGAUGAAAGAUAAAUAUAGUCCUCUCUGGGAAAAAGCCCUCGAAACGAUUACUGCAACUCCAAAUGCUAUAGUAAACGGACUUAUAGAAGGCAAUGAGUAUCAGUUCCGUGUUAUUGCCUUAAACAAAGCAGGCCAGAGUUUACCGUCUGAACCCGGAAAGUCCUUUAUCGCUAAACCCAGAUUCUUGGCACCCAAAAUUGAUCGACGGUACCUACACGACGUUUCCAUAUCAGCCGGCUCUCAUCUCAAAUUUGAGGCAAAUAUCAUUGGUGAACCACCACCAACGGUUGAAUGGAAGUUUAACGGUUCUACGUUGCGAGAUAACAACAAAGUAACAAUAAAUAAUGUCGAUUACCACACUAAGAUUGCCAUUCGCCCUGUCAAGCGUGAUGAUACCGGCGAAUAUAAUGUAACCGCCUCGAACAGCUCUGGUCGUGACAGUGUUACGAUCAAUGUUACGGUAACGGACAAACCCACUAGUCCUGAGGGACCUCUACAAAUCAGCGACGUACAUAAAGAUGGUUGCAAAUUGAAAUGGAAGAGACCGAAAGAUGACGGAGGUACUCCAAUUGAGUACUAUCAAGUUGAGAAAAUGGAACCAGAAACCGGAGUGUGGGUUCCCUGUGGACGAUCUCCAGAACCAAAUAUGGAAGUUACGGGUCUUACUCCUGGGCACGAAUACAAAUUUAGAGUAGCGGCCGUUAACGCCGAAGGAGAGUCCAAACCGCUAGAAGCAGAUACAACAAUUGUUGCAAAGAAUCCAUUCGACGAACCGGGCGCUCCUGGUAAUCUCAAGGCAACAGAUUGGGAUAAAGACCACGUCGACUUGCAAUGGGUACCUCCCAAGGAUGAUGGAGGUUCUCCGGUAACCGCGUACAUCAUUGAAAAGAAAGAUAAAUUUGGCGAUUGGGACAAAGCGCUAGAAGUUCCUGCUUCGAAAACCAGUGCUACGGUGCCAGAUUUAAUCGAAGGACAACCUUAUCAAUUCCGAGUUCGCGCUGUUAACGCUGCAGGUCCAGGUGACGCUAGUAACGAAACGCCUACUAUUAUUGCGAAACCACGAAACCUUGCACCUAAAAUCGACAGAAGUAAUCUCAUUGAAGUACGCAUUAAAGCAGGCCAGAACUUUAACUUUGAUGUAAAAGUCAGCGGAGAACCAAUCCCUGAAACUAAAUGGUUAUUAAAAUCCAAAGAGAUUAAAUCCAGCGAAAAUGUGAAGGUACAGCACUCCGAUUAUAACACCAAGUUGAAUAUUCGUAACGCUACACGGGCAGAUAGCGGAAUGUAUACGGUCACUGCCGAAAAUAUAAACGGCAAAGAUAUCGCAGACGUCGAGGUUAUUAUAUUAGACAAACCAAGUCCACCUGGAGGACCGCUGAAAGUUUCCGACGUUACCGCAAACGGUUGCAAGCUGGCGUGGAAACCUCCCGCAGAUGAUGGCGGUAAUCCAAUAGAAAACUAUGUCGUUGAAAAGAUGGACGAAGCAACAGGUCGUUGGGUGCCCGUAGGUGAAACAGAAGGCCCUGUUACAUCAAUGGACGUGGAUGGUCUUGUCCCAGGUAAAAAGUAUAAAUUCAGAGUACGCGCGGUAAACAAACAAGGAAAAUCCGAGCCUUUACAAACAACUCAAGCUAUUGAAGCCAAAAAUCCAUUCGACGAACCGGAUAAACCUGGACAACCAGAGGUCGUUGAUUACGACAAAGACUUCGUUCAACUCCAAUGGGAGAAACCAAAGAGCGAUGGUGGAUCUCCCAUUACCGGUUACGUUAUUGAAAAACGAGACAAGUUUAAUCCCAACUGGGAAAAAUGUGCAGAAGUGGACGGCGAUGUGACCACAGGAAAAGUAGGCGACUUAAUUGAACACACUCCGUACGAAUUCCGAGUUAGAGCCGUAAAUAAAGCAGGUCCCGGUGAACCAAGCGACGCUUCCAAGACGCACGUUGCCAGACCUAAAAAUCUUGCACCGAGAAUUGAUCGUAAUGCUUUGUCCGACAUUAAAGUGCUGGCAGGAAAGUCAUUCGAAUUUAAUGUGCCUGUGGCUGGUGAACCCCCACCAACUAAGCAGUGGGAAAUGAAAGACAACGUAUUGUCGAAUACCGACAGAAUUAAAAUUAACAACGAAGAUUACAACACGAAACUCAAAAUUACAGACGCAAAAAGAUCAGACAGUGGGCCUUACACUCUUACUGCCAAAAACAUUAACGGAAAAGACGUGGCGACUGUCAAUGUGAUAGUUUUAGAUGUACCAACAGCACCUGAAGGACCACUUCGGGCCGAUAAUGUCACGAAGAAUUCUCUAACAUUACAGUGGAAACCACCAAAAGACGACGGUGGUUCAGAGAUUACGCACUACACUGUGGAAAAACAAGAUACCGAAAACAUGCGCUGGAUACCUGUUGGGGAAUCCGUUGGUACGUCAAUGAGGGUCCCUCACCUCUCAGACGGGCAUGACUACAACUUCCGCGUGCGAGCUGUGAACAAGCAGGGAGAAUCUGUGCCUUUGGCAACUAUGGAUAGUAUUACCGCCAAAGAUCCGUUUGGAAAACCGGACAAACCAGGUAUGCCGAGUGCCACCGACUGGGACAAAGACCACGUCGACUUGGAAUGGGCUCCUCCGAAGAAAGACGGAGGCUCGCCGAUAACCAGCUAUAUUAUAGAGAAAAAGCCUAAGCACGGCACUUGGGAAAGAGCAGCUGAAGUUCCAGGCAAUAGCACAAAAGCCACCGUUCCCAAUCUCAACGAAGGCGAAGAAUAUGAAUUCAGAGUGAUUGCCGUAAACAAAGGUGGACAUUCCGAUCCAAGUGAGGCAUCGUUACCAGUCAUAGCCAAACCAAGAUUCUUAGCGCCAACCUUCGAUAAGUCACUGUUGGAGGAUCUCACAGUGAAGGCAGGUAAUCGUAUCAGUUGGAACAUUCCAAUAGAAGCAUCACCUAAACCAACGGCAAAAUGGUCGGUAAAUGGUAAAGAUAUUUUGCCCAGCGAUAGAGUCGACAUGCAAGUGUUUAAUAACAGAAUCACCUUUGAUAUUCCGUUUUCGCUGCGAAGCGAUGCGGGAAGGUACACUUUGACAUUGACGAAUGAUCACGGAACUACAACAGCAUCAGCUAACGUUGCCGUACUAGAUCGUCCUGGACCACCUCAACCGCCACUCGAUGUUUCCAAUGUUACCAAAGAAAGUGCUCGUUUAGCAUGGAAACCUCCACUAGACGACGGCGGUUCUCCAAUUCUCCAUUACGUUGUCGAAAAAAUGGACGUUUCAAGAGGAACAUGGUCAGACGCUGGAAUGGCUACGAUUUGCCACCAUGAUGUUCAGAGGUUAAUUCACAAGAAGGAGUAUUACUUUAGAGUCAAAGCUGUUAACGCCAUCGGAGAAUCUGAGCCUUUGGAAACAACUAAAGGAGUAAUUGCCAAAAAUGAAUUCGAUGAGCCAAGUGCGCCAGGAAAACCGGCUGUUACCGACUGGGAUAAAGAUCGCGUUGACCUCGAAUGGACACCUCCCAAGAAUGAUGGAGGGUCUCCCGUUACCAGCUACAUUAUACAAAAGAAAGAAAAAGGCAGCCCGUACUGGAUUAAUGCCGCAACCGUUCCUGCGAAGAAAACUACAGCUACAGUACCAGAUCUUACCGAGGGACAAGAAUACGAAUUUAGAGUUGUUGCAACCAACAACGCUGGUCAGAGUGAACCUUCGGAACCAUCCGAUCUGGUUACAGCAAAAGCUAGAUAUCUUGCCCCCAAAAUUAAGACACCCCUUAACGAUAUACGCAUUAAAGCUGGACUCAUUUUGCACGUGGAUGUUGAUUUCAUUGGUGAACCAACUCCAGAGGUACGGUGGACCGCUGACAACCACCCGCUUACCGCCAACGAACGCACUACCGUUACAUCCAUCGGCCAUCACACUGUAAUUCACACGGUUAACGCCCGAAGAUCAGAUAGUGGAGUGUACCACUUAUCGUUGCGAAACAAUUCCGGUUCAGAUGAAGGUUCUUUCCAAGUCAUUGUUUUAGAUCGUCCUGGUCCACCAAAAGGCCCACUUACUUACGAAGAGAUCACAGCUCAAAGUAUCACACUAUCGUGGAAACCACCAACUGAUAACGGAGGCAGCGAAAUUACUGCUUAUGUAAUUGAAAAGCGAGAUUUAACUCACGGCGGUGGUUGGGUUCCUGCGGUGAACUAUGUGAAUCCAAAAUAUAACCACGCAAUCGUCCCCCGGUUGAUCGAGGGAACCAAAUAUGAAUUUAGAGUGUUCGCUGAAAAUUUGCAGGGUCGAUCAGAUCCAUUGGAAACUGAUAAACCCGUGGUGGCUAAAAAUCAAUAUGAUGUGCCUGGUAAACCAGGUAAACCAGAACUCGUGGACAGCGACAAAGAUCAUAUUAAAAUUAAGUGGACCGCUCCAAUUAGCAAUGGUGGGUCGCCGAUUGUGGGUUAUGACGUUGAAAGGCGAGAUCGGGCAACCGGCCGUUGGGUAAAACUCAACAAGGCGCCGACCCCACAUCUUGAGUAUUACGAUGACCGUGUUCAAGAUGGACACCAAUACGAGUACAGGGUAUCGGCGGUAAAUGCUGCGGGAGCAGGUAAACCAAGCGAGGCUUCGAACGUGUUUACAGCAAAACCGAUGAAAGAAAAACCGAAGUUGUGGUUGGAUCAUUUAAUUGGUCGCAAAAUUAAGGUACGCGCCGGAGAACCGGUAAACAUUGACAUCCCAAUGUCAGGUUCCCCAACACCCAAAGUCACGUGGUCAAAGAACGGCACUCCCACUACGCAAUCCAAUAGAGUAUCGCACGAAACAACCAGCGAACACACAGUAUUCCGCAUUGAAGCGUCGAAUCGCGACGACACUGGAAAGUAUACUGUGCACGCUGAAAAUGAGUACGGUACUGAUCAAGCAGACAUAGAAGUAACGGUAGUGGACAAACCUGGAAUGCCCAAAGGUCCGCUACAGUACACUGCCACGACCCAAGAUUCCGUGUCGUUAUCUUGGAACCCGCCCAGUGACGACGGCGGAGGCGAUAUUACCGGCUACAUAGUAGAAGUGAGCGAGUUCGGCUCUGACAGUUGGAGACCAGUCCCUGGUUAUUGCCCCAAACCAUCAUUUACCGUGCGCGGUUUAACAGAAGGCAAAAAGUAUGUGUUCAGAGUAAGAGCCGAAAAUAUCUACGGUGUGUCAGAACCACUCGAAGGCAAACCAGUGGUAGCCAAGAGUCCGUUCGAUCCUCCAGACGCGCCAGGACAACCGGAAGUUACAGGUUACACACCUUCCACUUGUUCAAUAAAGUGGACUCCACCAGCUCACACCGGCGGCAAACCAAUCACUGGUUACAAUGUUGAAAAAAGAGAAAGAGGCGGCGAAUGGAUUAAAGUCAAUAAUUAUCCCACACCUAACACAUCGUACACCGUCCAAGAUUUACGCGAAGGUAACAAAUACGAAUUUAGGGUUAUCGCGGUGAAUGAAGCUGGUCCUGGACAACCUAGCAAGCCAUCGGAACCAAUUACAGCUGGACAUCAAAGAUUUAAACCCGAUGCUCCCGAUCCACCAAAACCAGACCGCAUUACAAAGGACAGCGUUACGUUAUCGUGGAGACCACCGAGAAGCGACGGAGGAUCAAAAUUGAAGGGAUACAUAUUACAACAAAAAGCCAAAGGAGAACCAGAUUGGACAGAUGUUAAUUCCAUCCCAACUCCUGCGAAUAUUUACACGGCACCAAACUUGAAGGAGGGUCAAGAGUACCAGUUCAGAGUGAUUGCUGUUAAUGAUGUAGGUCCGUCGGAACCGAGCAGGCCAAGUCCAAACAUUUUGGUCGAGGAACAGCCUAACAAACCUUGUAUUGAUUUGGGUGGGGUACGUGAUAUCGUAGUCAAAGCUGGCGAAGACUUUAGCAUCCACGUACCUUACGUUGGAUUCCCGAAACCAACGGCCAGUUGGUUUGCAAAUGAUAAACUUUUGGAUGAGUCGGAUAGCAGAAUUUUCCCUAAGCUUGCCGAUGAUUCCGCGAGCAUUAUAGUUAAAAACGCCAAGAGGGGAGAUACUGGACAGUACAGACUUCAGUUAAAGAAUCCAUCCGGUUUCGAUACCGCCACCUUAAAUGUUAAAGUAUUAGAUCGUCCAGGCAAACCAGAAAAUCUGAGAGCGGAUGAGUUUGCCGGUGACGCCCUCACUUUGUACUGGCAGCCGCCUAAGGAUAACGGUGGGGCCGAAAUUACUAAUUACAUUGUCGAAAAGAAGGAAGCUAGAACUCCCAAUUGGACUAAAGUCAGCAGCUAUGUUACAGUGCCGUUUGUCCGAAUUAGAAACUUAAACUUGGGACAUGAUUACGAAUUUAGAGUAAUUGCGGAAAAUCUGUAUGGGCAAUCUGAGCCGGCGGUUACGACUGAGCCAAUACGGGCCAGACAUCCAUUUGAUCCACCUGGUGCACCUGGUUCCCCACGAGGUAUAGAGACCACCGAAGAUUCCAUUACAAUUCAAUGGACGAAACCACGCCACGAUGGAGGAUCGCCCAUUACUGGAUAUGUAAUAGAAAAGCGAUUGAUAUCUGAAGAAAAGUGGACUAAGGCUUCCCAUGCCCUUGUACCAGACCUCUCUCAUAAGGUUGGUGGCUUAAUUGAGAACUACGAGUAUGAAUUCCGAGUAGCAGCAGUGAAUGCCGCUGGGCAGGGACCCUGGAGUGCCUCUUCAGACAUGAUCGUGUGUAGAGCUCCUCCAAGUGCACCGAAGAUAACCUCCGAUCUUAGCAUACGUGACAUUAUAGUGGUGGCUGGUGAGGAAUUUACCAUUUCCGUACCGUACACCGCCACACCAAAACCAAAUGCGUCGUGGUCGGUGAACGGAAACGAAUUUGUGCCGGAUAAUCGUAUCAAAAUUGACACCAACGACAUUGCGUCCGUAUUCCAUAACAAAUGCGCUAAACGUUCCGAUGCCGGAAAUUACACGAUCAAGCUAACUAACAGUGUGGGAUCUGAUUCGGCCACCUGUAGAGUUCAAGUGGUUGACAAGCCACAGCCUCCACAAGGACCAUUGGAUGUUUCCGACAUUACACCCGACAAUUGUUCUCUAGCCUGGAGACCACCACUAGAUGAUGGCGGGUCACCAAUUACAAACUAUAUUGUUGAGAAACUGGAACCAAGCGGAAUAUGGUCAAAGGUCAGCAGUUUCGUUAGAAAUACGCAUUACGACGUUAUGGGAUUGGAAAGCAACAAACGGUACAGCUUCAGAGUACGAGCAGAGAAUCAAUACGGUAUCAGCGAACCUUUGGAGACUACCGAACCAAUCACCGCUAAAUUCCCAUUCACGGCUCCCGAUCCUCCAGGAGCUCCACGUGUAACGGACUACGACGCGAGCUCCAUCACUCUCGCCUGGGACCGUCCACACAACGAUGGAGGGUCUCGCAUCCAAGGUUACAAACUUGAAUACCGCGACGUUGCCGACGACGUCAACUGGCAGAACGCCAGCGACUAUUUAAUAAAAGACAACAGAUUCAUACUAUACAAUAUGACCAGUGGUCACGAAUAUGAGUUCAGAGUUCGGGCGAAGAACGCCGCAGGCUUUAGCAAGCCUUCUGCUUCGUCGACCAAAUUCAAACUAAAAGGCAAAUUCAAUGUUCCUUCGCCACCCAAUAACCCGAAAGUUGUUAAAGUGGGCAAGAACUAUGUUGAUUUAACCUGGGAACCGCCUACCAACGACGGUGGGGCUCGUAUUACUGGAUACGUUAUUGAAAAACGCGAGAUCGGAAGCCCAAUAUGGGCAGUCUGUAACUCCUAUAACAUCACCGAUACGAAUUACACCGUAAUCAACCUUACCGAACGUUCCGAUUUCGAAUUCAGGAUAUUCGCCAUCAAUUCUGUUGGAAGAAGUGAUCCCAGCGCAUGUACUUCGCCAGUUAAAGUUUGCGAAGUUGCCGAUGGAGAAAAACCGCAAUGGAUCAAGCAACUUGCCAACCAGUCUGUUCCACUUGGAAAGGCCCACUCACUGGAAUGUGCGGCAACUGGAAAACCAUCACCAACAUUCCGUUGGUUAAAGAACGGGCGUGAACUUACACUAGGUGCGCGCUUCAGAUUGGAAACAAAAGGGGGUACUAGCUGGUUGCAUAUAUCGGAAGUGUUGGACAUUGACGAAGGAGAUUAUACUUGCGAGGCUAGUAACUCAGUUGGAUCUACUACAACUACCGCACGUCUGAAAAUUGGAACUCCACCAAGGAUUGACCGUAUUCCUGGAGAUCUUCACUUACCAGAAGGAGAUAACACUAAGAUUAAAAUUUAUUACUCUGGUGAUCAACCGCUCGAUGUCAUUCUUACAAAAGACGGUAGAUCACUUGAUGCAUCACCUCACAUACGAUACACCGUAUUCGACGACUACAUCAUUAUCUUCAUGAAGGAUAUCAAACGAGACGAUGCCGGAACAUAUAAUCUAACAGUUAAAAAUGAUAGCGGAAGUGCUUCAGGUAGCUUCAACAUGUUCAUUACUGGCCUUCCGGGUAAGCCGAACGGACCAUUGGAAACCUCCGAUAUUACUAAACACACCUGCUUACUACGUUGGAAGCCUCCUAGCUACGAUGGAGGCUUAAGAGUAACCCACUAUGUCGUAGAACGUAAAGACGUUACCCACAACCACUGGAUUGUGAUUUCGAGCUCAUGUAAAGACACCUCCUUUAUGGUACAGGGUCUAACGGAAGGCCAAGAGUACCUGUUUAGGGUAAUGGCUGUAAACGAUAACGGAAUGGGACCACCGCUGGAAGGUACCAACCCAAUAAAAGCUAAAGCGCCAUUUGAUCCACCAUCCGCACCUGGAAUUCCAAAAGUGACUGAAAUAGGAGGCGAUUUCGUCCACCUAGAAUGGACCAAACCAGAAUCAGACGGUGGUUCCCGAAUCGAAGGCUACUGGAUAGAGAAACGAGAGGUAGAUAGCUACACCUGGCAACGUGUCAACCCCUCGCUCUGUCCGGCGCCUCAAAUUAGUAUUCCAAACUUGAUCGAAGGCCGCCAGUACGAGUUUAGGGUAUUCGCUCAGAAUAUUGCCGGUAUUUCGCCUCCAUCGACUGCGUCUACGUCCGUCAAAAUAGUGGAUCCACUCACAGCAACGCCACCAGAAAUAAUCAAACCGCUUAAGAACGCGAACUGUAUUCAGCACCAUAACGCGGAAUUCCAAUGCACAAUUACCGGUGUGCCCAAACCGACAAUUACUUGGUACAAGGGAGCUAGAGAAAUCGGUAAUGGCGCUCGUUAUCAUAUUUAUAGCGAAGGUGAAGUACAGCGCCUUGUGAUACACGAUGUAUUCGGCGAAGACGCCGAUGAAUACGUGUGUAGGGCGGUAAAUAAAGGUGGCAUCAAAUCUACGCGCGCGGAACUUAUUAUUAUGACCGCACCGAAACUGAAUAUACCACCACGCUUCCGUGACACUGCGUUCUUUGAUAAAGGUGAGAAUGUUGUUAUUAAGAUUCCAUUCACCGGCAAUCCCAAGCCACGAAUCUCCUGGGUGAGAGAAGGAGAGACCAUCGAGUCUGGAGGACACUAUCAUGUUGAGGUCAAAGAUCGCCACGCCAUUCUUACAAUUAGAGACGGUAGUCGACUUGACAGUGGUCCAUACAGGAUUACGGCCGAGAACGAUCUGGGUCAAGACUCCGCCAUUAUUAAAAUCCAAAUUAGCGACCGACCAGAUCCACCUCGAUUCCCAACAAUCGAUAAUAUUGGAGUUGAUUCCUUGUCGGUAUCUUGGAAGGCACCAGUGUGGGAUGGAGGUAGUAAUAUUACAAAUUACAUGGUGGAAAGAAGAGAGCAUCCUCUACAAACAUGGAUAAGAGUCGGUAAUACUCGCUUUACCACAAUGGCCGUCGAAGGACUGGCGCCGAAUCACCAGUAUGAGUUUAGAGUGUACGCCGAUAACAUAUACGGACGUUCCGAUCCAUCUGAAGUAAGCAACAUUGUUACAACCAAAGACAGUGGCAAGAAAACGUCCCAAAAGAGACAAUACGAAGUUGACGAAAACGGCAAGAAGAAGCGAGAGUCCAUGAAAGAGCCCAUUAAGGACUAUGACCAAUAUGUGUUCGAUGUAUACUCAAAAUAUGUCGCGCAACCGGUUGAAAUCAAGACUAGAAGCGUCUACGACGAUUAUGACAUAUUGGAAGAGAUAGGAACCGGCGCCUUCGGUGUUGUGCACCGUUGUCGCGAGAGGAAGACCGGAAAUAUCUUCGCCGCUAAGUUUAUUCCAGUAUCUCACGCAAUGGAAAAAGAACUCAUUCGGAAGGAGAUCGACAUAAUGAAUCACCUACACCAUCCCAAACUAAUUAAUCUUCACGACGCCUUCGAAGAUGACGACGAAAUGGUCCUAAUUUACGAAUUCUUGUCCGGCGGAGAAUUGUUUGAAAGAAUAACUGCGGAAGGAUACCAAAUGUCAGAAGCUGAAGUGAUCAAUUACAUGAGACAAAUCUGCGAAGGAAUUAAGCAUAUGCACGAAAGAAACAUUAUUCAUUUAGAUAUUAAACCUGAGAACAUAAUGUGCCAGACAAAGAAGAGCACAAAUAUUAAAUUGAUCGAUUUUGGAUUAGCUACCAAAUUGGAUCCCAACGAGUUAGUCAAAAUAUCUACUGGAACUGCGGAGUUUGCCGCUCCUGAAAUUGUUGAACGUGAACCGGUUGGUUUCUACACCGAUAUGUGGGCCGUGGGUGUACUAGCGUAUGUUUUGCUGAGUGGAUUAUCGCCGUUCGCGGGAGAAAACGAUAUCGAGACACUGAAGAACGUGAAAGCUUGCGACUGGGACUUUGACGAGGAAGCAUUUGGCAAUGUUUCUGAUGAAGGCAAAGAUUUUAUCCGCAGAUUACUACUUAAGAACAAAGAGAAACGUAUGACUGCGGAAGAGUGUCUAUUACACGAUUGGCUCAGUGGUGAUCAUAGCAGCAAAACAAAGGUCAUCGAUCAAUCCAGGUAUCUUCGAGUUCGCGAUAAGAUACGUGCUCAGUAUAAGGAUUGGGAUAAAUACCUCCUGCCCAUUGGUAGAAUUUCAGAGUAUUCGUCCUUACGCAAACUGCGACUGGAGAAAUACAAAAUACAUGAUGCAUACUUUGAUCGAAGGCAAGCGGCACCAAGAUUUGUAAUAAAACCGCAAAAUGCCUUCUGUUACGAAGGACAGAGUGUAAAAUUGUACUGCAGGGUUAUUGGCGUAGCUACGCCCACUGUGACGUGGCUGCGAAAUAACCAGGAGCUAAGACAGAGUGUGAAGUUCAUGAAACGAUACGUCGGAGACAAUUAUUACUUCAUAAUCAAUAGAGUGAAAUUGGAAGACAGAGGCGAAUACAUCAUUAGAGCAGAAAAUCAUUACGGUGCUCGCGAGGAAGUGGUAUUCCUAAACGUUAGACAAUUACCCAAAGUUGUUCCCGAAUACAAACCUGACACUCAACCAAUCCGAAGGAGAGAACCACUGCCAUACAUGUUCUGGCAAGAAGAACAAGAAUGUGCUCCCAGCUUUACGUUCUUGCUUCGCCCGCGUGUUAUGCAAGAGCGUGAUACGUGCAAACUGUUGUGUUGCUUAAGUGGAAAACCAGUACCCACAGUCAAAUGGUACAAGGAUAAGCGAGAACUUAGCAAGUACGAAUAUUCCAUGACACAUUCUGAUGGCGUAGUCACAUUGGAAAUAGUCGGUUGUAAACCGGAAGAUUCUGGAAAAUACACCUGCGUGGCUACAAACGUGCAUGGACAAGAUGAAACUUCUUGCAUUGUAAUUUGUGAAGGAGAGACAAGCACUGAAGAACAAACUAGACUUGCUGAAAAGAUUCUACACUCUGGAGAUCGUAAAUACAUAGAACAUCCAAUCAAACCGGCGCCCAUACCUAUUACUAUAAAAAGGCCAAUCUACACAAAUACUCCAACACACCAAGCUGCAGCUCCCCCUGUAAAUAUCUCCCAUUCCUCCUCAAAUCUUAGUGUUAACGACAUGGAUAAACGAACGCCCAAAAGGUAUGGAAGAUUAGAUUCCACAGGAAGUCCAAACAGAUCAAGAAGUACAACUAAAGAACUCGCAUUACCUCCAGACGAUUCAGCAAUGUGUAAGCCAGUGUUUACCAAAGAACUUAAAAACAUGACGGUCGGAGACGGAGAAUCGCUAACGUUGAGUUGUAUCGUAAAAGGAGACCCAGAGCCACAAGUCGUUUGGUCAAAAAAUAAUAAGGUUCUGAGUUCCUCCGACAUUAUGGAUUUGAAAUAUAAAAAUGGUAUAGCAACUCUUCACAUUAAUGAGGUAUUCCCGGAAGAUGAAGGCGAUUACGUAUGUAAAGCAACGAACUCCAUAGGAACAAUUGAAACACAGUGUCACCUCACGAUUAAACCCAUGUCGAGCGUAAAUGGGGAAAAGUCAAAGAGUGGCGAAGAUAAGGCUCCAGCGAUUGUUGAUCAUCUACAAUCUGCCUUGAUCAAAGACGGUGAUCCCGUAACGCUCUCUUGUCGCAUUAUUGGCGCAAAGAAAUUUGACGUGAUCUGGCUGCAUAACAAUAAGGAAAUUAAACCUAGUAAAGACUUCCAGUAUACUAACGAAGCUAAUAUUUAUAAAUUACAUAUCGCUGAGAUAUUCCCAGAGGAUUCGGGCGCGUACACAUGCGAAGCAUUCAACGACAUUGGCGAAAGCUUCAGCAGUUGUACAUUAAACGUCAACAUACCCGGCGAGCCGGUUAAGGCCCCUGUAUUCAAAACAUUCCCCACCUCCGUCACUGUUGCAGAGGGAGAAGUGGCCUCAUUUCAGGCUGAAACCGAAGAAGAGCCGUUACAGAUCAAUUGGCUGAAGGAUGGUAAACCCCUUAAAGAAAGCACAAAAUAUCGUUUUACGGUAGAUGGAAAGCGUUACACCUUACAAAUAAUGUCGUGCGAUUCUAACGACAUUGGACAAUAUCAAGCUAAAGCAAUUGGGAAGAAAGGAGAAUCGUUUGCUGCUUUCUCUGUGAAUGUGGUUCUUGGUGGAGAUCUAUAGAAACGCUCAAUUAGUCAAUUCACAAAAUCGAACGACUUGCAUCAGCAAGAGCUAUUUUCUCUGUAUAUGUUGUGUAUAAAAACUAUAUAUUGUAAAAAUUUGAGUACUUUCGAGUCUACUAUGCUAGAAAUCUGCUCAAACCUCGUACCAGCAUCCUCAAUUACCAUCUUAUGAUGUUUAUCAGGUUAUAGCAUAAUAGACUCUUGACUCUACGCUAAACUGCAAAUUAGUAUCGAAUUUUAUUUUAAUUUUUUUGCUUUAAAUCGAAUAAAUGAAAGCAGUCAUU